UUCUAGGAUCUAUUUAGAUUUGACCAUAUAUGUGAAGAUCUGGAACAUAUUUAACCAUUAUUAUUUUUACAUACAUUUUUAUUUUUAUAUUUUAUCUAUUGUUCUGGAGAAUGCUGCGGUAAAGUUCACGCGCGCGAAAACCCUGAACCGCAAUCCUCAAUCAAUCAUCCGAAGAUCUGGUCUGAAUUUGAGUCUGAGUGUUUGGAAGAUUCAUCAAGCAGCCAUGGCUGGUCAGCUCAACGUGAUUGAAUCCGCCACUUGGGGAUCCAGAAGUGUCGAUUGCUUCGAGAAAUUGGAGCAAAUUGGUGAAGGCACAUAUGGUCAGGUCUUCAUGGCGAAGGAGAUCGAAACCGGUGAAAUCGUUGCUCUGAAGAGGAUACGGAUGGACAAUGAGAGAGAAGGGUUUCCUAUAACUGCUAUACGAGAAAUCAAAAUUUUAAAGAAACUGCACCAUGAGAAUGUGAUCGAGCUGAAAGAAAUUGUGACUUCGCCAGGCCCUGAGAGAGAUGGACAAGGAAGGCCAGAUGGUAACAAAUAUAAAGGUGGUAUUUACAUGGUCUUUGAAUACAUGGACCAUGAUUUAACAGGUCUUGCUGACCGACCUGAAAUGAGAUUUACAGUUCCUCAAAUUAAGUGUUAUAUGAGACAGCUUUUGACGGGGCUUCACUACUGUCAUGUAAAUCAAGUACUUCAUCGUGAUAUCAAAGGAUCAAAUCUUCUUAUAGACAAUGAAGGAAAUUUGAAGCUUGCAGAUUUUGGACUGGCACGAUCAUUUUCUAGUGAGCAAAAUGCAAAUCUUACAAAUCGUGUCAUUACGUUAUGGUACAGACCGCCUGAGUUGCUUCUGGGGACAACGAAGUAUGGACCAGCUGUAGAUAUGUGGUCUGUUGGGUGCAUUUUUGCUGAGCUUCUUCAUGGGAAGCCCAUUUUUCCUGGGAAAGAUGAGCCAGAACAAUUAAACAAAAUAUUUGAGCUGUGUGGAGCACCAGAUGAGGUCAAUUGGCCUGGGGUUUCUAAGACACCUUGGUAUAAUCAAUUUAAGCCAUCAAGGCCAAUGAAAAGACGUUUGAGGGAUGUUUUCAGGCAUUUUGAUCGUCAUGCUCUAGAAUUGUUGGACAAGAUGCUGACACUUGAUCCGGCUCAGAGAAUUACGGCGAAAGAUGCACUUGAUGCUGAGUAUUUCUGGACAGAUCCAUUACCAUGCGAUCCCAAGAGUUUACCCAAGUAUGAGUCAUCACAUGAAUUUCAAACAAAGAAAAAGCGCCAGCAACAAAGGCAAAAUGAAGAAAUUGCAAAGCGUCAGAAAAUGCAACAACCACAGCCGCACACUCGUCUUCCCCCAAUUCAGCAGCCUGGGCAACAUGCCCAAAUGCGGUCAGGAUCUAAGCAGCCAAUUCAUGGCUCUCAACCUCAAGUUGUUGCAGGACCUUCUCAUCAUUAUGGGAGGGCUCGAGGUCCACCUGGUGGGCCAGGAAGAUAUCCUCCCAGUGGAAACCCCAGCGGAGGAUACAAUCACCCAAAUCGUGGAGGUCAAGGAGGAGGUGGUUACGGCAGCGGGCCUUAUCCUCCUCAAGGGCGAGGGGCACCUUAUGGGUCCAGUGGUAUGCCUGGUGGUGGUCCUCGUGGUGGAGGUGGCGGUUAUGGGGCUGGAGCUCCAAACUAUCCUCAACAAGGCGGUCCAUAUGGGGGCUCAGCAGCUGGUCGUGGCUCAAACAUGAUGGGUGGAAAUCGCAAUCAACAGUAUGGUUGGCAGCAAUAAAUUAAUUUUCUUGUAAUGUGGUGAUGCUCUGAUAAAUUUGAGAAAUAUCAGACAAAUCAAUGGGUCAAGUGCCCGAGAAAAUAUGAGAUAUAGUCUCAAUGGAUAGUAGAAUAUUGAGAUACAAUAUUCCCAUCACUUGAAGUUCCUGGAAGCCUUUGUGAUGCAUGCACCUUAGGUAAUGUUUGAUUCCCCUGGUCAUAAGGGGACCACAAAAAUGAAAUAAACCUCUGAUUUUGUAGUUUCAUAAUAUGCAUGAUAUUCCUGUCCAGGAUAUAUGAAUAAUAGCAGCAUGCAUCUAAAUAUAUAAGUCUUCUUUUCUUACUGA